AUGGCAGCACGGCAAGGGAUGAACUUGGCUCCUACCAGGGAGAGGGAACAAUUGCCUGUUGAGAGGCCACUUAGCCCUCACUUCAUGAUUUCCUCCUGUUCGAAUAGAGCAGACGUCCCAACGCCAUUCAAUACCCCUCGCACAGAUACUAGACAAGAUUCUCAUAUCCUAAAAGCUUCUUCCAAUAAAGGAGAAGAGAAGCUAGCCCUCAAGGAGGUAACACCUCAUCUCCAUGGUGAUAGAUUAGCCGAUAAGGCUCACCUCCGUGGAGGAGGGCCAAAGAGACGUCGUGGUGGUGCAGCUGGCCGUUCUCGCAAGAAGUCAAAAUCUGACCAAUAUGCGGAUGUUGACCAAUUACUAUCUGACUCCAAGUCACCUAUCUUCAAAGGAAAUGCAAACAUUAAGGCUGUUCUUACCCAUCCAGUGGCAAAGAAAACUAUGGUCGACCAAGGUGAACCAUAUCCUUUCGACCAGAUGACUGCAAAUGAAGUUUCAACUACAGUGGCAGAUUUUAAAUCAGAUGGAACUUGCGGGAGAUUCGAUUCAGACUGGAUGGUACAAGCUAUAGAAGCAUCAAGAAUUCGCGCAUCCGGUGGUUACGAUGCAUAUUUAAACAGUCAAUUCGCAGAGAACUGGGGUGAAGACGACGAGGAAGUCUCGGAUGAGGAGAUGGAAGAUGUCAACGACGAAGCAAAGCGUGAGAAAGUAAAGGAGAAAGAUUAA